AUGAUGUGGUGCUCGGGGCAGUGGCCUGUGCCGCGUAGGAGUCUACAUCCAACCUGCUUGAUGUGCGGGAGAUUGGUUUGCGGCCCGCAUAAGCAGAUGGUUCAGCAGUUGGACGCCGGCCCCGUCAGACGACUGCAUGACGGCACCCCCUUUCUAAGGCUUAAUCCGAGUCGGAUGUGUCGGCGCAUCAGCAGUCCGUGGUCUUUGCCAGAGCAAGAGGUGACGGAGCACCCUGCUUGGGCAGAGGCGGAGACCGAUGCCUUGAUUGCAGCUGUGAAGUCUGCAGGCCAUAUGGGUUGGCCCGCUGUCCGCCAGCAUUUGGAGACCAGUGGUUUCGUUCGCACAGAUGCUCAAUGCCAAGUUCAGUGGAGGCAGAUCGCGGAUCCAUUGUGCAGAAUGGAUGGGCUCGAUAAGAUGGGGCCUCAAGAUGGAACGAGGUUACGUGAGACCGGUGAUGGCAACGUGGGAGAGCGAUGGCAGUGGCGUGACCAAGCCAUCAUGGCAGAGAUACAAGAACUUCAUUCUGACUCUGAGAGACCCGCGUCGCAAGAACUGGGUGGAGGACUCAUUGUAUGGACGCCGCUUCUCUCCUGCUAUCUCUCUUCGACCUCAAUAUGUCAUCCACCCUCAGUCUUGUUACCAGACACAAUCCAAGAAGACUUCCUCAUUGGACUUUCAGCAUUUUUCCGGACACCCAUGACUGAUCGAACUGGACUGCUGAACAAGGACUGCAGCUUGCGCCUGACGGUUCUGGAGCCAGUGCCGGACAGAGACCACAGCUUUUGCAAGAGUCUUGCUGCAGUGAUGGAUGCCCGUGCCGCGUAUCUGGUUUCUCGCGCGCAGUCACGGGGCUGCCAGUUGGAGGUGCUUUGGAGCGGAGGCAUUGACUCCACGUCCCUGUUGGUGGCAAUGCUACGUGCACUGUAUCCUGGCUGGCGGCCUUGGAAUUCUGACACAGGUUUUGAAGGAGAUAAGAAACACCAUCCUGCGGGCAUGAUUGUCCGAUGCAGUGCAGACUCCAUCGUGGAAUAUCCUUGGUUCCAUGAGAACGUGCUUUUGCCAUUGCAUGAAGCUGGUGCCAUUACAAUCGAGCCUUUGGCAGACGCAGAGGAGGUGUCAAAGCUCUGGGAAGCGCCCUCGUCGCGAAUGACAAUCACUGGAGAAUGUGGAGAUCAGAUAUUCGGGUCUCAGCUGCUAGAGGCAGCCUUCGUCAAAUCCGAGCUGACUGCGCUGUACGAGCAUGGGCUGGAUGCUCCCUGGCAGGACACAGUCCUCCACGCUUUGCUGGACAUGGGAAUUGUGAGGCCAGAUUACAAGGAACGUUGGCUUCACUGGUUCAGGCCAUUCGUUGAGAAGUGCCCCCUGCGAAUCGUCUCCGCAUUUGACUUGCUCUGGUGGCUCAACGUGGCCUGCAAGUGGCAGACUGUUUGCCUGAGAUUAUUCCAACGGCGACCACGCCUUUGUUGGGCUGACCUAGACCGCAUCGUUCACUUUUUCCAGACGGAGGACUUCCAGCAGUGGUCCUUUGUACCUGAGAACCAUGCAGCCAAGAUGCCGGAUCACAGAAAAUGGUCAACUUACAAGCAACCAUUGAAAGAGUACAUCCUGGACUUCACUCAGGACAAAGAGUACUUUGAGAAGAAGCUGAAAGCUGGAUCCCUCUGCCAGGUGAACGAUGCCAGCCGCUUUGUAAUCUUGGGAAUUGAUGACAAAUUGAACGUUUUGAGGUUCGGGCAAACAUGCUGCUUGCCUGUAUAG